AACGUGAAAUUUCAUGGUUGCUACGGAACGGUUUCUAUGGCUUCUGACGCUUAUUUCUCAUUGGCUGUAGCCUUCUGAGCUCUUUAGUAGUUUAUCCUCUUGUUUUUGUAUUUUGUUUUGUUAAUCAUUUGCCAAUUAAUUGUAAUCAUUUUUGCAUUGUUUAUUUUUUACGUGUAGGUUACCAAUUAUGUCGGAAAGAGGACAAAAGGCCGAAGCUCGGCUCCAGGAAAAUCCAUGGGAUACCGAAGCCUGGCAGAUUUUAAUAAAGGAGUAUGGAGCCAAGAAGCUUGAAGAAGCUCGUCCUUUCUAUGAAAGACUGGUUACACAAUUCCCUCUGACCGGCAGAUAUUGGAAAUUGUAUAUUGAUCAUGAAAUGAAAUCUCGCAACUAUGAUAAAGUGGAAAAAUUAUUUCAAAGGUGUUUAAUUAAAGUUCUUCACAUUGAUUUGUGGAGAUGUUACCUAAAUUAUAUUAAAGAAACAAAAGCACCUCAUCCAUCAUUUCGGGAAAAAAUGGCUCAAGCGUAUGAUUUUGCUUUAGAUAAGAUUGGUAUUGACAAUCAUUCGUACCCAAUUUGGAAUGAUUAUGUCUCCUUCCUGAAAAAUGUGGAAGCUGUUGGCAGUUAUGCGGAAAAUCAAAAAAUAACUGCGGUUCGUAGAGUAUACCAGCGAGGAGUAAUAAAUCCAAUGAUGAACAUUGAUCAAUUCUGGCGUGAUUAUAUAGCAUAUGAGCAAAGUAUUAACCAAAUGAUUGCAGAAAAAAUGAUAGCGGAUCGCAGUAGAGAUUACAUGAAUGCCCGUCGUGUAGCCAAGGAAUAUGAAGCUAUUACUCGAGGUCUUAAUCGUAAUGCGCCCUCACUACCACCCUCUUGUCGACCUGAAGAUUUAAAACAAGUUGAUAUCUGGCGCAAAUACAUAGCUUGGGAAAAGAGUAAUCCCCUAAGGAGUGAAGAUCCAGGUCUAGUGAUCAAAAGAGUUGUCUUUGCUUAUGAAACAUGUCUUCUGUGUUUAGGUCAUUAUCCCGAUAUUUGGUAUGAAUAUGCUGCUUAUCUUGAAGAAAAUUCUAAAAUGAUGAGUGACAAAGGAGAUAUGAACCAAUUUAAAAGUUUACAAGAAGAUUCUUCGGCUGUUUAUGAGAGAGCUAUCUCAACCCUGCUCAAGACAAGUUUGUUGAUUCAUUUUGCUUAUGCUGAUUUUGAAGAAGGUCGUAAUAAUAAAAAUAAAGCUGUUGAAAUUUAUAAUAGACUUUUAGAUAUAAAAGAUGAUAAACUUGAUCCUACCCUAGUCUAUAUACAAUUUAUGAAAUUUUCACGUCGGUCCGAAGGAAUAAAAGCGGCGAGAAAUGUUUUUAAAAGAGCCCGUGAAGAUCCUCGAUGUGGACAUCAGGUAUUCACUUGUGCUGCUCUAAUGGAGUAUUACUGUUCGAAAGACAAGAAUGUUGCUUGUAAAAUAUUUGAGUUGGGCCUUAAACGGUAUGGGAACAAUGCUAAUUACAUAUCAUCGUACAUUGAUUUCCUUUCAGCACAGAACGAGGAGAACAAUGCUCGUGUCCUUUUUGAACGUGUCCUCACCUCGAAUGCUCUUGAUCCAGCUGACUCUUUACAAAUAUGGAAUCGUUUUUUAACAUUUGAAUCAAAUAUUGGUGAUCUUUCUUCUGUAAUUAAAGUAGAAAAAAGAAGAGCCAUUAUUAUUCAAGAGAUCACAAAAGUUUCAUCCGAGACAGCGUAUCUUGUUGAUAGAUAUAAAUUUCAAGACCUGAUGCCUUGCUCAACACACGAAUUAAAAUCAAUUGGUUAUCAAUUUAAAUCAUCGCUUCCUAAUGGACUGUCACAAACACUGGGUAAUUUGCUUGGACCCGCUGCUGCUGCUGCUGCCUCAAUUAAUAAUGUACCAGCUCCUGUUAACUCAAAUUCACCUACAAAUAACAUUGAGCCUAGCUCAUCAAAUCAAGUCACCCCUGAUCUUAAUCAGAUGAUACCCUAUAAGCCAGUUCUAACAUCCGUUUUAAUUCCUGGGUCACAUUCAGUUCCUGGAGGAAUAUUUCCACCACCACCAGCUGUUGGCCAAUUGCUAGCCCAAUUACCGCACCCUAGCUCUUUCCAUGGACCCUUCGUCAUUGUUGAUGAGUUGAUGAACCUUAUUCGCAACACAAACAAGAUUGACAUUUCUAUUGAAAAACCUAAUUACAAACCAGACCAAAAUAAUCAUCAUAACAUUAAACUUUUUGAGACAGCAAUUCAAGCGUCUAAAACAUUUAAUCCAAUCAUGAGUAACUCAAGCCAGGAGAAAGGCGGUGGAGGUGGUGGUUCAGGUUCAGGUGGACCUGGUGGACCAGGAGGAAUGAAAAGAAUAAUUGGACAUGAUGACGACGAGGAGGAUCCUGAAAAUGAUAACUCAAAUCCAGCUAAUCCCCCAGCAUUUGACAUCUAUCGAACAAGACAAUUGCAAAAAAGAGUGAAGUGACCUCAAUGACCUCAAUGACUAAAUUAUAAAUAUCUAUUUGUUUCUGAGUACAUCAAAGAACCCUCGAAAUCAAAUCGGUCCUUACGUCAAAUCAAAUUUCAUCUUCCACAUCAAUCACAAACACACUCGCUCUUACCAUUUGCAUCAUUCUCAUUACCAGCAUAACCAUAACAUCAUCAGCAUCAUGCUAAUCACAAUUUUCACUAUACUUCAUCAAUUGAUCAUCUUCAUUAACUAUUGUUUUCUAUAAACAUUUAAAUGUUUCUGUGUCCAUCAACGAAAGCUUCUAUCAUCAUUACCACUAUCAUCUUGGGAUGAAUAAUUUUAUUUUGUAGAAUAUUUUUUCUCCAUUAAAACUUCGAGAAAACGGCAGUUGAUGGUUGUCCCUCACUUCAUCAGCAUGGUUCAAAAACAUUAACGAAACCCAUGUCACAUGUGAAUAUUGGUCAAAAAUUUAAAAUAACCUCUGUAAGAUAAUAAUUAAUAACUCGCAACCGUCCACCAAAUAAAAGUAUUGUCUUUUGUCUAAUCAAUUGAUCUAUUUGGAACAGUCAAAUAAACAAAUCGUGCUUUUGUCAAUAAAAAUCACGAAUUUUUUGCUUGAUC